GUUAUAAUAAAAUAAACUAUAAUUAAAUAGUUUUUUUUGAGAAAGGCAAAUGAUUAAACUAGUAAUAAAAAGUCAACAACAUCAUUCAUUGAAAAACAGAGGUAGUAUAUAUUUGAACAUGACCUCUCGAUACCCUGUGGUUAAGCCACGUGACAGUUUAAUUGUCAGCCGUUAGAUCUAAUCUGAACGUUCGCACAAGCGUGAAGCCCAGCCCACAUUUCUUUCCUGGUUUCUCCCCAUCCGCAUCGCUCACAGCCGCUGCCGCCGCCGGACGCGGUCGCUUCCCCUCCCCCGCCCGCAUGCGUGCGUGCCAGCUGCGCAGCGGGCCCGCUAGCCGGCGCACUCGCUUCUCCUUCUCCCCUGCGCAUGUGCUCGCUUCUCCUCCCCGCGUCGCACUGCCUUCCUCAUCCCGCACGCACCAGCCACGCCGCGGAGCCGCGCGUCUGUAGCGUCGGCUGCAGGUAUCGCGAGAUGGAGAUAUGCGCCGGGAGCCCUAGCGCCAUGCUGGCCUCAACCGCCCCUACAAUGGCCUUCGCUGCCUCCCCUCCCCUCUCCUCCCUCGCCGCUGCCGCCGCCGUGAUCUCCUCCUCCUCCCCAUCAAAACCCCUCUCACGAGCAAAGACCCCUCCACCAGCUCUCCUCCAGGCUAUUCUCCCCACUGCCCCCCCCAAACACCAUUCCCUCUCCUGCUCUGGGUCACAAGCCCCACGUGCCACCACAGGCGAAGGAUCGGCCGUGGGGGACCGCGGGAGCGGCUCCGGAGGAAACAACGGCAAGGGUGGCGGCGGCGACGGCGAUGGCGGCGACAACGACUAUGAGGAGGCCGAGUUCGGGCCCCUGCUCGGGUUCGAUGAGGUGCUGCGCCUCACCGCGGCAUGCGGUGUCUCGCUCCCGGCCGACAUGAUGGGGGCGGCCAAGGAUGCUAGCAUCCGGGAAGUCAUGUUGCUCCACCACUUCGAUCUGCAGGCAGCACCAUGGCCUCUAGCCGCGAUGAUCCGGGCAUUCUUGAUGCUCCGCAACUGAAUGUUAGCGGACCCAUCAUUCCUCUUCAAAUUUGGAACCAAGGUUGUGAUUGACUCGUGCUGCGCUACGUUUGCGGAGGUGUUUGAGCUGUACGAUCCAUGGACAGAUAUGCACGCUACGGGAUUCAUGGAUACAGCCAUCACCCCCAGUUUCCAUUCUCUUAUCCUGCACAGUUCAUUGGAUGACAUAUUUGUGAUUCCAAAAGAGUAAUAGAGGGUUUGUGUUUAGGUGUUCCAGCAAUUGAUGCGAAUGUCAAAAUUUAUCUGCUUUGCGUCCACUUAACUCUUACUUCAGUUCUUUCUUUUACAUGUAAAUAUUGGUUGCAUAAAAUCUAUUUUUGGUUGUUUACGAGUUUACCGACAUUCUGAAAUCGUAAACUGUAGGGAUUUUUCAUUUUGUUCUUACCAUUGUGACUUAUCUUAUCAAUCUUUUGUCUCAGCCUUUUAGGUCUGAAUUAAACGCAGAGAGUUGGAACAGUCAAGACAUCAAGUAGUAGCAGAUUAUCACUACGUUUCAAGGUGUUCCAGAAAUCCUGACACAAGAUCAAAUUUAUAAUUCUGAUUAAGCACUGUAGCACAUCAUCACCAUUAGUUGUUUGGCACAUCGUCUUAUCUAUUACUGAAGGUUGCAUAUAUUCUGAUCCUGUAUUACCUGAUUAUUCUUUUCUGCGAAUUUCUAAAUAAUAUUUAUUGUGUUCGUGGUUAUACUUAGAUCAGUCAAACACCCAUCACAAGAGCUAUAUAUAUAUAACAUGUGGAUAGUUGGAUGAGAAGACGAUGAAAUGAAUUGGCUACCUUUGAUAGAACAAUAUAAAUUGUCACUGGAUACAUUGCAACCUUCUAUAUGUAAGCUACAUCGUGACAGCAUUUGAUGAAUAAUACACUAAUGAAUUGUAUGUUAA